AUGUCUUCAAGCCCUAUCUAUCUCGGCGUUGUUGGUGUGGGUGGUGUUGGUACUGCUUUCCUCUCCCAGCUUGCUCGCCUCCCCAGCCCGCCUCAACUCAUUCUUCUCGCCCGCUCCUCGCAGACUCUUCUUGCUCCGACACCGGCCUAUUCUCCGGCCAUCCCAGCUGCUCCCUGGGCAACUGCCUCCGCAGCUCCUUCGCUGACCAUUGCCGGUGCUCUAUCAGCCAAUGAGAUUGCCAACUACCUGGCUGCUGCUCCUGGACGGGCUAUUCUUGUUGACAACACCUCCGACAUUAACCUGGCCCGCCAGUACCCCACAUUCCUGAAGAAGGGCAUCUCUGUAGUUACCCCCAACAAGAAGGGAUUCUCCGACGAUAUAUCUCUGUGGAAGGACAUUUUUGCCUCUGCUACAGAGGGCAAGGCUCUUGUGUACCACGAGAGCACUGUCGGUGCCGGCCUCCCCGUCCUGUCGACCCUAAAGGACCUUGUCGCAACCGGCGACGAAGUUACCCGUAUUGAGGGUGUGUUCUCCGGCACUCUCUCUUUCCUCUUCAACAACUUUGCUCCCGCCUCUGGCUCAUCCGACGCUCAAUGGAGUGCUGUCGUUGCCCAGGCCAAAGAAUUGGGCUACACCGAGCCUGAUCCCCGUGACGACCUGAAUGGCAUGGAUGUCGCUCGCAAGCUGACCAUCCUUGCCCGCCUGGCUGGUCUCGAGGUUUCUCGCCCUGACUCUUUCCCCAUUGAGUCUCUCAUUCCCGACGAGCUCGCCGCUCUGCCUUCGUCCGCCGAUGGCAUUACGCAGUUCAUGACCCGUUUGCCAGAGUUCGACGCCCAGAUGGCUAAGGUCAAGGACACUGCUGAGAAGCAGGGCAAGGUCGUGCGAUAUGUCGGUAGCAUUGAUGUUGCGACCAAGGCUGUCAAGGUUGGUCUGCAGUACUUUGACAAGGACAGCGCUAUCGCCGGUCUUAAGGGUAGCGACAACAUCAUUAGCUUCUACACUAAGCGCUAUGGUGCCAAUCCCCUCAUUGUGCAGGGUGCUGGAGCUGGUGGUGAUGUCACUGCUAUGGGUGUCACUGCUGAUCUGAUCAAGGUCAUUGAGCGCCUGUAA